AUGCUGCCGCCGCCGGUCCGACAAUUCGUCGCCUGCGCCGCCAGGGGCAAUGCCACACUCACCUCUCCCCAACCCAAAGGGCCCCUAGCUGGACUCACAGUGAUAGACAUGUCUAGAGUUCUAGCAGGUCCAUACUGCUCGCAGAUACUCGGGGACUUGGGGUUUGCCGAUGUGAUCAAAAUCGAACAUCCCACUCGCGGCGACGACACAAGAGCAUGGGGGCCCCCGUACGCUUCUUAUACUGAUGGCCGCACCGGGAUUGGUGAGAGUGCGUAUUACUUGUCGGUCAAUCGAAACAAACGAUCCCUAGCUCUGUCUUUCAAGGAAAAGGCUGGAGUCGAUAUCAUUACCAAUCUCGCGAGUAGAGCCGAUGUUCUUGUCGAAAACUAUAUACCAGGCAGCCUGAAAAAGUACGGCCUUGACUACCAGAGCCUGGCGGCGGUCAACUCACAACUGAUUUAUGCCAGCGUCACUGGGUACGGUCAGACGGGGCCGUACAGCGACCGUGCCGGGUACGAUGUAAUGGUUGAGGCUGAGAUGGGCUUGAUGCACAUUACCGGUCCCCGAGAUGGGCCCCCUGUGAAGGUUGGCGUUGCGGUAACCGAUCUUACCGCAGGUCUCUACGCAGCCAACAGUGUCCUCGCGGCCAUUAUAGAACGGAGUAGUUCGGGCAAGGGACAACACCUAGACGUGUGUCUAAGCGAUUGUCAAGUAGCAACACUAUCAAACAUGGCCCAGUCAGUUCUUGUUACGGGGAAGCGUGAUGGUGGCCGAUACGGCACGUCUCAUCCAUCCGUUGUACCAUACCGAGGUUUCCGAACCAGUGACGGCGAUAUCAUGAUUGGGGGAGCGAAUGAUCGUUUAUUCGGUGUUCUCUGCCAGUGCUUGGGUAAGCCAGAGUGGGCGGCAGAUGAGCGUUUCGCAACCAAUUCCUCACGAGUCGCGAACCGUACGGUCCUCGAGAAGUGGAUAGAAGACAUCACAAUGACCAGGCCAACUCAAGCUUGGCUGGACAGGUUUGAAGGCACCGGUCUACCGUAUGCCAAGGUGAAUGACCUAAAAGAUACGUUGGAGCACCCACAAGUGACGGAGCGAGGAAUGGUAAAGGAAAUCGACCACGUCGCUAUUGGAAAGUUGAAGGUUUUGAACAGCCCAGUGAAGUACUCUAGGUCUGGGCCGUCUAUCCGUAGCCCUCCGCCGCUUCUUGGGGAGCAUACCAGGGACGUCCUUCACGAGGUUCUCGGUAUGGAUGCUGCUGUAGUAGACAAACUCAUCGAGGAUGGUGUAGCCAGCGUAAGCUCGCAAGCGAAGAAUUAG